AUGGAAACGAACGCAAGCUCCCAAGUAGGCCUUUUCGAUGCUGGAAGAAUCUUGAUCCAGGAAAGCUGGAGCCCUGAAAGAAAUCAGAGAUGCUCAUCCUCCUCCUCAGUGGGUAAUUACAGCACACCGUCUCUCAAUGGAACUCCCUCGAAUGCUUCUUCAGAAGCCAGCUCCAACAGCCAUAAAGGCCUUAUUAUGAAUCGUCCGAAGCCAGUAAGUAUCCAUCUUUCGGAUAGAAAACAAGGCAAAGGAAGAAGAAAAUCCACAGCUAGUGAUAGCAUCAAGUGGCUUUUUCGACAGAGAUGUCUAUGCUCUGGCAAGAAAUGCGUUCAGGUUAAGCAAGAGGUACUAGUACUUUCUCAUAAUAAACUUAAAUUCCCACCACUCUCAGCAGAUGAAAUGUAUCCUAGGAACCAGAUUGUUGAUCACAAGAUGACACAAAGGGCUAAACAGAGAGCUCAGAUUAUAGUUCAAAAUAGUACGCGUCAAAGAUUGAUCAGCUUGCCAAUAUUCAGCAAUCCCGCGACAACUGAUGAUGAUGUGGCAAGUAAUGCAAGCUCUGACUUAUUUGAAAUACAGAGCUUCUCAACACACACAACUUAUUUCCCCCCUGACGAAUCUCAAACAGACAUGAUCUAUUAUGAGCAAAUGACUCCUUCGAUUGAAUAUUGCUAUUAUGAGCCUAGUGAAGCUGACAUUGGUUGGAGCAUAACAACAUCUGAGGGGUUUGAUCUUGACCGGCCUAGUAUGAGCACCUUCCACAUAUCCGACCACCAAGUAGAAGAACGGCAAUGCCAGAGUGUUAGAGCCAAAAACCCGAGCUCUAAUACCAUGUUAGAACCAAUCCAUCUAAAACCUUAA